ACCAGAUUCGUACCGCAGCUUCUGUCAUCUGAUAGCACCUGAGAGCCUCGAUUGCUCAUACCGCCAGCAACUUAGGUUUGAAGUCUUCCGUUCGAGGGCCUAUAUCACAGCAUGGCUUCGUUCGCUUACGCAUUCUUGUUGGCAAUUGGUUUACUGGUAGCAAAGUUUCUCUACGUUGGCCUUACCUGUCGGACCAAGCAUUUGCCAGGUCCUUGGUACACUCGAUUCACUCACUAUCGCUUGAAGCGCGCAGUCGUGACGGGACAACGAAUCUUCUACAUCGAUUCCCUCCACGAGCAGUAUGGGCCCAUCGUGCGACUGUCGCCUAACGAGGUCGCCGUCGCAGACCUAGAUGCCUUCAAAGAGAUCCACAAGAUUGGCACCAAGUACAUGAAGAGCGAAUGGUACCUCCGACUCGCGAACUUCCCCAAGGCCGGUGUAUUCACCAUGCUUGACCCACGUGAGCAUGGACCGCGGAGGAAGCUGUUGUCGAGAUCAUUUAGCAGGACAUACCUUGUCGAGCAUUGGGAGUCCGUCGUCAGGGACAAGGCGCUUACGGCUGUUACGAAGAUCAAGGCGGAUGCUACGCAAGCGACAGCCGAUGUCUAUAACUGGUGGAUGCUUCUUGCCUCGGAUGUCAGCGCCCACCUUGCAUUCGGCGACUCUUUCAACAUGCUAGAAUCGGGAGAGCAAAAUCAAUUCAUGCGCGUGCUGAAGAAGCUGACCAUGGGAGCUGGAAUUAUGGUCGAGAUGCCUUUCCUUCGCCUCUUGCGCUUCGUUCCAAUCCCUGCGAUACAAGAGAUGUUCAACGCGAACGAGUUCAUUCUUGCCGGCGCAGGCAAAGCCGUUGAAACAGCACGAUCACGUACCGGCGAGAAUAACAUCUUCGCAAAGGUCAUCGAGGACUGCGAGAAAGAAGGAGAGGGCCACAUUGACGACAUGGACGUCAGAAUCGAAGCCAUGAACGUCAUUAUCGCAGGCACUGACACAACGGGUGUGACUCUGACGUAUCUCACAUGGGCGGUUCUGCAACGACCGGAGCUGCAAGCGGCGCUCGAGGCCGAAGCUGCAGCGCUGGACGAAGGAUUUACCGAGAACGAUCUCAUCAAACUUCCGCUGCUAAAUGCAGUCAUCGAAGAGACGCUACGCCUCUACGGUGCAGCGCCAAGUAGUCUGCCUAGAGUGGUGCCUCAAGGUGGUACCAAGUUCGCUGGUCACUACAUUCCGCAAGGCGUUACGGUCGACACGCAAGCGUAUACGUUGCAUCGCGACCCUAAGAUCUGGAGCGACCCUUUGACUUUCAACCCGCAACGCUGGAUCGCCAACAAGGAAAUGGUCGCCGAAGCGCAAUCACCUGAGGCGAAACUUGCUUUCCACCCCUUCGGCGCUGGUGCGCGGUCAUGCAUCGGUAUUCAUCUCGCGCGCAUGGAACUUCGAUACGCUACUGCGUUCUUCUUCCGGGAGUGCCGCGGUAUCCGAUUGGCGGCGAGCACGACACCCGAAAGUAUGGAAUUUGAGAACUUCUUCCUCAUUGCACCGAAAGCGCAUCGAUGCGAGAUCACGUACAAGCAGGGGUAAUAGACUAUGAGAUGAGGCUGUUUCACGAAGGCAUAACAAUAGUGAGAGAUGUCUGCAGU